GGCAUCAACAUGCUUGAUCAGCGAGUACAAGUCCUAUCACCAGAUCAUAACCAUUGUGGCACAUAAAGAAACGUCUACACCUAGCUGUAUUAUUAUACUAUACGCAUUUGUUUUAACACGCCCAAGAGCCUUUCAUUCAGUUUCUACCUCGCUGUUCCACUAGCUGCGACAGCAACUCCUAACCCAAAGACUCUCGUUUUAGGGUCUGGCCUCCAUACAGCAGUGCUCUCGGGGCCAGGCCCACUUUGACUCCUGCCCUAGGACCGCCGCCCCCGUUUUGCACCCUAGCUAUUGCUUCUCAACAAUUAGAUCAGCCUUUGUUACCGCUAUACGCUUGGGAGUUCUCAGCUGUUAAAAGAAUGGCAGCGAAACUGAAGAAGUUCCUGCUUCGGUACUAUCCGCCUGGAAUCAUCUUGCAGUAUGAACGGGAGGGAGUGAUGAAGCAGAAGCCAAUCGAUCUGCUGGAUCUUACCCCAGAUGUGGACGUUGAGGUGUUGCUAUCACAAAUUAUUCGCCAGGAGCCGCUAAUUAGCGAAAAUCGGCGACCAGCGCUCCGGCAGCUUAUACAUCGGUUGAUCGAUAAAAUGUUGGAGCAGCAACACCACAGCUUCACGCUCUUCAAGGUGCUUCGUGCGCACAUCCUGCCGCUCACCAACUGCGCCUUCAACAAGAGCGGCGACCGCUUCAUCACCGGCUCGUACGACCGCACCUGCAAGGUGUGGAACACCUUCACGGGCGAGGAGAUCUUCACGCUAGAGGGGCACAAAAACGUGGUGUACGCCAUCGCCUUCAACAACCCGUACGGCGACAAGAUCGUGACCGGCUCCUUCGACAAGACGUGCAAGCUGUGGGACGCCUACACGGGGCAGCUGUACUACACGCUCAAGGGGCACCAGACGGAGAUCGUGUGCCUCUCAUUCAACCCGCAGUCCACCAUCAUCGCCACGGGCUCCAUGGACAACACCGCCAAGCUGUGGGACGUGGAGACGGGGCAGGAGCGGGCGACACUCAUGGGGCACAGGGCUGAGAUCGUGAGCCUGGGUUUCAACACGGGCGGCGACCUGAUCGUGACGGGUUCCUUCGACCACGACUCGCGGCUGUGGGACGUGCGCACGGGGCAGUGCGUGCACGUGCUGAGCGGGCACCGGGGGGAGGUGUCGUCGACGCAGUUCAACUACGCGGGCACGCUGGUGGUGAGCGGCUCCAUCGACUGCACCUCGCGGCUGUGGGACGUGCGCAGCGGCAGGUGCCUGUCAGUGAAGCAGGGCCACACGGACGAGGUGCUGGAUGUGGCAUUCGACUCGGCGGGAACCAAGUUCGUGUCUGCGUCGGCAGAUGGGACAGCGAGGUUGUACCACACGCUGACGGGUGUGUGCCAGCACUCGCUGGUGGGGCACGAGGGGGAGAUCAGCAAGGUGGCAUUCAACCCGCAGGGCACCCGGCUGAUCACUGCCUCCUCGGACAAGACGUGCAGGCUGUGGGACUGCGAGACGGGAGACUGCCUGCAGGUGUUGGAGGGGCACACGGACGAGAUCUUCAGCUGCGCCUUCAACUACGAAGGGGACUUCAUCAUCACGGGCUCCAAGGACAACACGUGCCGCAUCUGGAAGGCCCUCACCGCCUCCAGCCAGCCAGGAGGGGCACCGGGAGGGGCGGGAGGAGCAGGCCGGCCCUCCACCGCCUUCACAUACAACGACUGAGGAGGACAUCGCACAAUCGUAAAGCCGUACAUGCCGCACAUAUUCGUACACGUUGUGCAUGCCGUACAUGUGGCCCAUGGAAGUGUUUUUUCUGGAGAAGAGGGGAAGAAGAGGCAUGUGCGAGUGCGUCUCGUUGGCUUCAUCGAUUAUUAAAACCCGGCAGACCGAGCCAUUAUUCCCUGUCAGCAUGUACCUAGGAGCGAGCGUUCUUAAUUGAGAGGCUGAGACCCGGAUGUUAGCUGGGUGGGGCUGACCGUUAUGCCGCUGGUGAUCGGGAGGGGGGGCAGGAAGAGAAGCAGUAGGUAGAAGCCCCCCGGGGUGCAAAUUACAGGUAUGCAGGAAGGGGAUGAGAGAGGGGCAGCGCAUUCAGAACAUGCAACGGAGAGCAGCAGCGAAAGCCGAGAGUGGUGUGGCCCUGGCAGCUGGAUCCACGUGCCUGGUGGUCAGAUGCGGUGAACUGUGUACAUCCUGGUACGGGACUGGGUAGGGUGGCCUCUCACUGGGGGCUUACAAAUGGCUAACAAGACAUACACGCUUGCCAAGCGCUGGCGACUACGUCUCUCGGAAGCACCAGGCGGGCGUGGCGGGUGAGGACGGGACCGGGG